AUGAAAGGCGAAAAAAUUGGUUUCAACGUGAGAAACACUAUGAAAGAAGAGUAUGAACAAGUAAGUAAUGGACGUGCGUUCAUGUUUGUUUUGGUCUGUGCCUCCCUUCGCAUUCUAAUUAUUUUAUUAGUUAGUUUUACUUUCUAA